AUGAACAGCCUCGACUCACUGAAGCGAGCCCUCAGACAAGAAGUCCAGGAAACCGGAUUCUCCGCGAAGCGCACAUUGUCUAAUACACAGUACAGCGCCGGUUUCAAUAUCUUGUUGCAAGACUCGGGAUGGAUGACGUACCAAAACUUCGUCAUCCCUCAAUUAUGUCAGCUACUAACAUCUUUCUUCAAAUUGCGUGCCAGCAUCUCAGUUUUGGAGAUUGGACCUGGUCCGAAGAGUGUGAUUGGAUAUCUUCCAAAACAUUUGAGGCGGAUCGUUAGAAAAUAUACGGCGUUUGAGCCUAAUAUAUUAUUUGCUACAAAACUGGACGAAUGGCUUCGUUCUGAGACAGAUUCUCCGCUACCCUGUCUAACGAACUUGCCUGAUAUUCAUAAAAUUCCAUUCAGUGGGGGCGACGACAUAGAAAGUGGUCGGAAUGAUGAAAGAUACGACAUCAUACUAUUUUGUCACAGCAUGUAUGGCUUGAAACCAGAACAUAGAUUCAUUCAACGAGCCCUGAAUAUGCUUGUCGAGCAGCCACGUCACGGCAUAGUGGUAGUCUUCCACCGUGACAGACCCAUUCAACUUGGAAGCAUGGUGUGCCAUCGGGUAGCUUCAUUUCCUAACGGAGAAGUUCGUGUGGCAAAUCGCGACGGAGAACUGGACUCUUUUGCUUCCUUCUUGGCAGGAUUCGUCAUGCAAGACGCAAUUAUGGAUAAAGAUAUUCAAGCCAAGUGGCGUGCAGUGUGUCGCAAAUUAGGAUAUAAAAAGGAAUUCGACCCAGAUCAUCUAUUCUUCGGCUCACCCAACAUCAUGGUGGCUUUUACUCAAAAGGCGGACAGGUUGGGAGAGAUAAUGGCGCAUGUGCCGUUGACGAGGGACGACAGAAUAGUCAAGAACUGGGAGGCUCGCCUUCACUGUGCUGCCUCAGUUUUGAGACCGACUGAGAUUGCACAAGUCCAAAAAUGCGUUCGAUGGGCUCGAGGACACAACGUCAGUUUAACCGUCCUCGGUGGGGGCCAUAGUGGACAUUGUUUAUGGCCGCACGUUGUCUCGGUUGAUAUGGGCUCCUUUGACCGUGUGCAUGUGCUGGCAAGAGAAGAGGGACAGGAGCAAUCAAGUCACUUGGUAGUCGCCGAAGCUGGUUGUAAAACAGGAGAUAUUGUGAGGGAGACCAUGGCGGCUGGCGUGACAGUACCUUUGGGCUCUCGUCCAAGCGUAGGUGCAGGGCUGUGGCUACAAGGGGGCCUGGGACACCUAUCAAGAUUAUACGGUCUCACCUGCGACGCCAUCGUAGGUGCCGUGAUAGUCAGCACCUCCAGUAAGGUCCUCUGCGUUGGGCUCGUUCCUGAUCAACUCCAGCCGGCUGACGCCAUUCGCCCGGAAAACGAAUCUGAUAUCCUAUGGGCAAUUAAAGGCGCUGGAACCAAUUUCGGCAUCGUGAUCAGCGUAACUUUUGAAGGGUUCGCCGCUCCAACCUAUUUGUGCCAAAGUUAUGUGGUCUCGCUGAGCGAUCAUGUCGAUGCCCAGCUCAAACUCGGUGAUUUUGACAAGCUUCUCGCUAGCCAGCUUCCGCGCAACUGCUCUGCAGACGCAUAUCUUUACUGGGAUGCCGGAAAGCUGCGUCUUAGUGUGACGACGCUCGAAUCUCACCAGAGCAAGUGUGACUUUGCGCCAACCACAGCUAUCACCACGCCCGCUCUUGCAUAUUUGGAGCAGGCAGGAGACCCCAGGUUCGUGAAUGGUGUGGAGCUGUUCGAUACUGAAAUGUACAUGUCCACCAUGCAUGGCGGAGGACACGGCGGUGGCAAAACCUCCUCUUUCAAGCGAUGUAUUUUUUUGAAACAUGUCGGAAAAGCAGAAGUCGCUGAUAUCCUUGUAACAGCAAUUGAAACACGCCCUACACAACUUUGUUAUCUCCAUCUACUCCAAGGUGGCGGGGCUAUUGGCGAUGUUGCGCCGAAAGACACCGCAUUUGGUUGCCGGGAAUGGGAUUUUGCCUGUGUGAUCACUAGUGUCUGGCCUCGCGAACAAACUGAUAUCGCGCCAUGUGCUGUGCAGUGGGUCUAUAAUGUUGCGGAGAACUUGAUGUCUGUGAGUAGUGGAGCUUACGGCGCUGAUCUUGGGCCGGAUCCUAGAGAUAUCGUGCUAUCAACAAAGGCUUUUGGACCAAACUGGCAGCGACUCGCCACUCUCAAACAAAACCUAGACCCACAAAACGUUCUGGCUUACGCCUGCCCGAUUCCGAGAUUAAAGCUCAUUGUUCUCGUCACGGGUGAAAGCGGCGCUGGUAAAGAUUAUUGUGCUGAGAUAUGGGCUUCCGAAUUCAUUGGAUAUACCCAAAAAACCAUCACGGCGUGUGUAAUCAGCAUUAGUGAUGCGAUCAAACGAGAAUACGCGGUGGCUACCGGUGCUGAUAUCAAAAGCCUGCUUUGGAACCGUACCUACAAGGAGCAACAUCGGCCAGCGUUGACCAAGUUCUUCCAGGAAAAAGUGCGGCAACAACCUCGUCUCCCGGAACAGCAAUUUUUGAACGUGGUGAAUAAUAACACGGAUGUGGAUGUUUUACUGAUCACGGGAAUGAGGGACGAGGCGCCAGUCGCCGUCUUUUCUCAUCUGUACCCUGACAGAAGGCUCGUCGAUGUUUACGUUCAAACAAGUGAGCAGACACGGCGAAGUCGCCACGCUGGUAAUAAUAACGAAGAUAACGACAGUGGAAACACCGAAACCAGGCCGAAUAAAACUCGAUUAAAUUAUCACCCUAGUUUCAUCUUCGAAAACGAGGAGACCGGAACUAGGGCGGCAGAAUUGUUCGCUUCAAACUGCCUGCUUCCAUUUUUCCACGAGGAUUUGCAGAAACUAGAUAGUAUGGUGCGCCGGGUACCUAACUUUCCACGUGUAGACAUCGAGUUCCGCCAUGUGCUCGGUAUUUCUCAGCAGCCGGAUGGGCUGAGAUUAACCACAUCUUUACUUAGAGACCAGUUCAGCGGUGAUUGGGGCAACAUCGAUACGGUAGCAUGUUGCGAGGCUGGCGGUUUCGUCUUUGCCUCUCCCGUGGCCUUACAAGCUGAGGUACCUUUGACACUGAUGCGCGAUGCCGGCAAGCUUCCCCCGCCUACAAUUUCCAUAGUCAGGCGCUCGUCUUAUAUCUCCUCGUACACGAUACCCAAUGAGUCAAUAGCUAAAGAGAAGCGAAUUGAAAUGCAGCCGGGUAUGCUUUCUAGUGGCUCCCGAGUGGUGAUUGUGGACGAUGUCCUUUCCACAGGAGAGACGCUCUGUGCAAUGUUACAGCUACUAACUAAAACCGGCAUCAAUAUUGAGAAUAUUCACAUCAUGGUUGUGGCCGAAUUCCCAAUUCACAAGGGCCGGGAACGAUUGCGCCAGCGGGGGUUCGGCAAAGUCCAUAUCCAAAGUCUCCUAGUUUUUGACGGUGCUUAA